AUGGCCGCCGACCCCCCUGCGCAGCGGCUGGGCGGCCUCGCCGUCUUCACCCGCGAGGACUUCGAGGACCCCUGGCGCCGAGUGGCCAGCGGCGGCUUCGGACAGGUGUUCCAGGCGCGACACAAGCGCUGGAGGACCGAGUACGCCAUCAAGUGCGCCCCUGGCCUCCCCCCGGACGCCACCAGCUUGGAUGUGAACUGCCUCAUUGAAGAAGCGGCCAAAAUGGAGAAGAUCAAGUUUCAGCACAUCGUGUCCAUCUACGGGGUAUGCAGGCAGCCCCUGGGCAUUGUGAUGGAGUUCAUGGCCAACGGCUCCCUGGAGAAGAUACUGCCCACCCACAGCCUCUCCUGGCAGCUCAAGAUCCGCAUCAUCCACGAGACCAGCUUGGCCAUGAACUUCCUGCACAGCAUUAAGCCACCUCUGCUCCACAUGGACCUCAAGCCAGGCAACAUCCUCCUGGAUGGCAACAUGCAUGUCAAGAUUUCAGACUUCGGCCUGUCCAAGUGGAUGGAACAGUCCACCCGGAUGCAGUACAUCGAGAGGUCAGCUCUGCGGGGCACGCUCAGCUAUAUCCCCCCUGAGAUGUUCCUGGAGAGUAACAAGGCCUCAGGGCCCAAAUAUGACGUGUACAGCUUCGGGAUUGUCAUCUGGGAGCUCCUCACUCAGAAGAAACCGUAUUCAGGGUUCAACAUGAUGACCAUUAUCAUCCGAGUAGCCACGGGCAUGCGGCCCUCCCUGCAGCCUAUCUCCGACAAAUGGCCAGGCGAGGCCCAGCAGGUGGUGGCCCUGAUGAGGCGCUGCUGGGACCAGGACCCCAAGAAGAGGCCGUGCUUUCUAGACAUCACAGUGGAGACAGACAUGCUGUUGUCUCUGCCACAGAGUCCUGUGGCAGACCCCGAGAGCGAGAUGCUGGCCAGGAAGGUGUCCUGCAAGCCAUCCCUGCACAGGUCCUGGGAGGUCAGUGAGGAAGUCAGCCAGGAGCUAACAGACAAUGACUCCGGAGGGUACUCAAAGAGGGUCCUGGAGCUCUCCGACAGUGAGAGCUCCGUCCCGAGCGAUCAGGAGCUGUGCGUCUACGAGAACAAGGUCACUCCCCUGCACUUCCUGGUGGCCCAGGGCAGCAUGGAGCAGGUGAAACUGCUGCUGGCCCACGAGGUAGAUGUGGACUGCCAGACGGCCUCUGGCUACACGCCUCUCCUCAUCGCUGCCCAGGACCAGCAGCCCGACCUCUGUGCCCUGCUUUUAGCUCACGGUGCUGAUGCCAACCUGGCAGACGAGGACGGCUGGGCGCCGCUGCACUUUGCAGCCCAGAAUGGGGACGACCACACCGCGCGCCUGCUCUUGGACCACGGGGCCCAUGUGGACACCCAGGAGCACGAGGGCUGGACCCCGCUUCACCUGGCUGCACAGAACAACUUUGAGAAUGUGGCUCGGCUUCUGGUCUCCCGUCAAGCGGACCCCAACGUGCGUGAUACCGAGGGCAAGACCUCCCUCCAUGUGGCUGCCUACUUUGGCCAUAUCAGCCUAGUCAAGCUACUGACAGGCCAGGGGGCUGACUUGGACGCUCAGCAGAGAAACCUGAGGACACCGCUGCACCUGGCGGCAGAGCGGGGCAAAGUGAGGGCCGUCCAACACCUGCUGAAGAGUGGGGCGGCCCCGGAUAUCCUUGACCAGAGUGGUUACGGCCCACUGCACACUGCGGCUGCCAGGGGCAAGUACCUUAUCUGCAAGAUGCUACUCAGGUAUGGAGCCAGCCUCGAGCUGCCCACCCAGCAGGGCUGGACACCCCUGCAUCUAGCAGCCUACAAGGGCCACCUGGAGAUCAUCCACCUGCUGACCGAGAGCCAUGCAGACUUGGAUGCUCUCGGGGGCAUGGGCUGGACUCCCUUGCACCUAGCUGCCUGCCACAGAGAGGAGGUGGUGGUGUCGGCGCUGCUGCGGUGUGGGGCUGACCCCAAUGUGGCCGAACAGUCAGGCUGGACACCCCUCCACCUGGCAGUCCAAAGGGGCGCCUUCCUGAGUGUCAUCAGCCUCCUGGAGCACCGUGCAAAUGUCUGCGCCCGCAACAAGGUGGGCUGGACACCUGCCCACCUAGCUGCCCUCAAGGGCAACACGGCCAUCCUUAAAGUGUUGGUCAAGGCUGGUGCCCAACUGGAUGUCCAAGAUGGAGUGGGCUGCACGCCCCGGCAGCUGGCCCUCCAUAGCCAGAAGCAGAGCAUGCUGGCCUUCCUAGAGGGCAAGGAGCCCUCACUGGCCAUUCUGGGUGGUGCUGAGCCAGAAGCCCAGACGGAAGUUUAG